UCAGAUCUCUCACUUCCGGCUCCAUCACUGCUUUCACCACAUUCAAAGUUAAGGCUGCCGAGUACACUGGGUGCUCAAUUAAUUUCACAGCAGUCUUGGACCUCUCCAAGUGGGGGAUUCAGUCCAGUUGGAAAAAGUUCUAGUUAUGUAUCAUCUCUCAAGAAGUAUAUGAGUGGAUUAAAAUUUCCAGCUUCGUAUCUGGAAACAGAAAUCAGUGGCUCUGCAUCACAUGAAAAGGUUGUGGCUCUCUAUGACUACACGGCGCAGCGAUCAGAUGAGUUAACCUUCCAUCGUAGUGACAUUAUCCAAGUGCUGUACAAAGAUAAUGAUAACUGGUGGUUUGGCCGCCUGGCGAGUGGACAGCAAGGCUAUUUCCCUGCUAAUUAUGUUGCAGGUGAAAGAGAUUAUGAACAGGAGCAGUCGUUGCCUUCUGGCCAGAACUCCCUAACAAGUCAUGUUAAUGAAGCCACAGAGUGCCCUACACCCACUAAGAUGUCUGCAGUAAUCAGCAAGUUGGGGGAUCUAAAAUUUGUAUCGGAGCAUGAUGACACAGAUACCGAAUCACCUGCAACAAAGCCUGCAGUGAAGAAGAAGAAGAAAAAACCUGGACCAAGCACAUCAGAAUGGAGCAUUCAAGCUACACCAUCCUCUUUAUCUGUUGCUGCAGAUGAACCUGAUAAUUCUAUGGCAGUUGUGAAAAAAAAGAAGAAAUCAAUGGCUAUAAAAAAUUUACCUACCCUUGAUGCGUUUCAGUCUGAUGAGCAUACCUUGUUUUAUAACUGAAUAUUCUGCUUCCAGUGUACUACUCCUUUAUCUAAGCUUUGGAGUAAGAUCUGUUGAGCUGUGUCUCUAUUAAAGUAUGUAAGGGUGCACUAGGAAAGAUAUAUGGGUGGAGGGCACUGGAACGCAUGGCAAGUGCCCCAACACCCAGUAGACAGGCAUCCUAAUGUCAAACUCACUGAUAUCAAUGCAUUCUGUGCAUGCUCUGGAGAUUUCCCCAGAGCAGACUAAACCAAUGACAAGUGUUUUUGCAUGGCAGCAAACCCUCCUCCACCCCCACACCCUUUGCUAACUAUAUAUAUAUAUAUAUAUAUAUAUAUAUAUAUAUAUAUAUAUAUAUAUAUAUAUAUAUAUAUAUAUAUAUAUAUAAAAUGUAUAUGUAUAUAUAAGUUUACUAUUAAACUUUUGGGAUUGAGAUGUCCGCAGGUGGAAAAUUCAAACACAGAUGUUCGAAUUUUCACCUGGCUGAACAUCUCAGUGUCCGAAAGUUUAUGUUAGCAAAUGUACUGUGCAUUCACUAAUAUAAAUUCAAAGAACUGUAGAGAGAUCGCGGUCCAAUGCAGUUUGGGAAAUUCAUCCCUUUCCUCACUGUAGCAUGAUCUCGAAGUUGGGAUAUAUAGUUAGCAGGGAGUGUGGGGGGCAUAGGGGGGCUUGCCCCCCUGCAAAAACAUGAUGUUAGGUAUAGGAGUUUACUUUACGUUAGCUCCUAUACGGACAUCGUGUGAUGUUUUCGAAAACAAUGUUGAAUCUGCUGAAUUCGAUCAACGGAUUCGACAUUGUAACUCGUUCUAUUAUUUGACUUUUGAGGUUUACUUUCAAUAUGUCUGUCAAAAAUUAUUUUGACAUCCGACAUAUUGAUAGUAAACUGUAUAUAUAUAUAUAUAUAUAUAUAUAUAUAUAUAUGUGUGUGUGUGUGUGUGUGUGUGUGUAAUUAUGCCUUGCUUAUGAAUGCAACAUACCCAAGCGUCUGAGGAACCUUAAAAUCAAAACACUAAGCAUUAAGAAACCAUUUAAAAUGUAUAUACUUAUUAUGUAGGUUAUUUUUUGCUGGUUGUUCUAGUGUCUGUAGUCUCUUUAGUUCUCUCUACUCUCACUUUUCUUGCUGGCUGGUGUUGCAUACUUUCUGGCUGCUGUGGUAUGCAAGGUCUAAAGGUCUACAGUGCUUCUUUUCCAGAUGUUCAGUACUCCAAAUGAGUGAGAAAGUGCCUUUUCAAAAUAUGCCAUUUUCUGUCUGUUGGGUAGUGGGAGAAAUACGCAUUCCACCAAUAUGCAACAAUGAAAGAAAAUUUUUGUCUGUUUAAGAUUCAUUACUCCACAUUCGUUCUUUGCAGCAUACUGUAUUGUAACCAAUAGUGCUAACAUCAGCAAUUGCACUUCUUGGCAGUAGAAGCUGUUGUACCAAUAUUUUAUUUUAGAAAGCAUACAUGCUUAAAAAGUUUUAUCACCCUUUUGUAUGAUCUGUUUUUUUCAGAGCCUGAGUUUGUGAAUUGAGACCGUUCAGGACCUGAAAUUAUGACAUCACAAAGCAGAUGCUAUUAACUUUAUGCAAAGGUCAUCGACUUGAAAAAGCACUUUGUGAUAUUCACUUGCUGAUUAACAUUUUUACAGAAAUGUUCUCAGAUGGUAUUAGCUGUUCAGUAUUUUCCUCUAAAACAUUUUGCAAGUUCUAGUAAGCCAAGGUUUGUUUAUGACAUUUUAUGUAAAACAUACAAUAUUGUAAUCAUUAUGUUCUUGUAUAUAUGUACAUUUAAUGCAAGAGUGAUAGAAGUGUAAUUGGCUUGAUGACUUUUUCAUUUUAAUGUGGACUUUAAACCAACAGCAAUAUGUAUUUUAUGUUAUUUUGUAUUGGCUAUUUCAAGAUGUCCUGCUACUGUACAGUUUUGUAAGGUUACUUUCAGACUGGAUUAGAAUCCAUCAUGGUCAUUUUCAUUGUCCCAUGUAGCUACCUUGGUAUUCACAGAAGAAACUCAUCUCCAAAGCAGUCUUGAAGAUUAUCUGCUGUACAGCACUUCAGUUGUACAGGCAGCGGCGUUGCCAUGUUUUGUUUUUGAUAAUGCCACUUUUAUAUAAAAUACAAUGUGAUUUAAAUAUAUGCUCAUUUUUUAUUAUA